GUAAGUCUAACAUGGAGUCAGAUGUAUACAGCUUUGGAAUUGUAUCAUUGGAAUUAGCAUGUGGAAGAAAACCCAUAGAUCCCAAUGCCACAGAAGGUAAGAGAAGAAUGGUUGAAUGGGUUUGGAACCUUUAUGGAACGAGUAAGCUCCUUGAAGCAUUUGACCCGAAAUUAUCUGCAGAAAAUAAUGAGCAGGAAAUAGAACAAUUGAUGAUUGUGGGACUUUGGUGUGCUCACCCAGAUCCCAAUCUCCGGCCUUCAAUCAGGCAAGCGAUUCAUGUCCUGAAUUUUGAAGCUCCAUUGCCAGUUCUUCCAUCCAAAAUGCCUGUGCCAACGUAUUUGUCUCCAUCAGGGUCACGACCAUUAUCCUAUGGCACCACUGUAUCUGAGAGAAGCUGGAACCAAUCUUUGAGCUAUAGUUACAACACUGAUUCCUCAAAGUUCACCACAUCUUCUACAACUUGUUCGUCGUCUGCAUCACUUUUGCACACACAGUAG